UAGGAAAGCAACGUAGAAUUCAUCACGCAGGCGGCUGAGGUACCAGAGAGAGCGCCUUGUUAGAACUUGGAGCGGCACAGAGCGUUAUAUACCCGACCAGAAACAGCAACUGGUCGAUGCAGGCACUAGAAGGCACGUAAUGUACUCAGCAAUGUUGGCGACGUAUCAACGAUUGAUCGGCGCUGUGACACUGCGCUGGCCAUUGCUCUGAGAACUUCUCAACUCGUGACAUAGCACUGGCAUUGAAGCCACCACCGCAUUAUAGGUUGCGUCCCAGAGACACCGUUGCAUGCAAGCCAUGAAGAGAUGGUUGCCUCUUGAGCCAGUGAACUGCCGGCAAUGCAAACGAGAAAGCCCACAGCAGUAGUGAAUCUGUGGUGAUCGUUAGGCGCAAGAUCAGAAUAAACCCCUUCUGUGGUGAACGUUAUCGCAAGCGACAUCCUCAGGCAGGAGCAUGGGUGUUCUGCAAAGGUGUUAUAGAGCCCCCGGGGGAGAGAGCUUCUCCCGGAGGCUUCUCCUGGUCACGCUUGCCCAGAUCUACUCGAUAACAUCCACGGGCAUCGUGUUUGGUUACUCGGGCCUGUACGAUGUGUUCCUUUUUGAGGUCAAGGCGUUUGGCGAGUACUGCAAGGAUGGCCCCACGCCGUGCCCUGCUCAGCAGGAGCGCCUCUCCAGGAUGUUUACCAUCGGCGCCACCACCCUCUCCGGCUGCGCCUUUUUUAUUGGCGUCUUCCUUGAUUACAUGGGCCCGCGCAUAACCGUGUGCUUGGGCUCACUCCUGCUAGCAGGGGGUCUCCUCUCAGUUGCAUUUGCCCAGGAACUGUCGAGCACGCUCUAUUACGUCGGGUUCUUCCUCAUGUCCGCCGGGGGGUCUUGUAUCGCCAACAGUACCUUCAACUUUGGGGAGCUGUUCCCCGACCAGUCAGCGGGCAUCAUAGGCGCACUCUCCACUGGCUUCAACUCAUCGACGGUUGUCUUCUGCAUCUUCGGUGCGAUCAUCCACCAUUUCGACGUCUCCCUCAAGUCCGUCUUCAUCGGUUAUACAGCCCUGCCCGUCGUCAUAUUCAUAUCCAGCGUGCUCCUAUUUCCGGAUAGGCCAUUUGAGCCAAUCCGGAAGAACGAGACGGAACAAACCCGAUUCAAAGGGGAACUUCACCACUACUGGAGCUACAUCGCCAGUCAGCGCAAGGAUUCCGUUGACGUCGAAGCGUCCGAAACCUCCGUGCCCUAUAACCCGCACCUUAGCCGUCCUUCUGCUUCCAUCGAACACAACGCCCUGACCGCCCCCCUGCUUGCAAGUCCUUCAGACACUCCCCCAGAACUGCCUUUGCGAGAACCCGGGGCAAAGCGAGAAAGUAUUGCACGGAGAUUGUUCCGGGGGAUGUCUUUCCGGGCGGAGGAGCCCCCACCCGACAUCUACAACACCGCGUUCUCCAGGCAGGUCAAUUCGGCUGUGUAUUGGAGCAUGGCGAUCAUGACCGCGUAUGUGGUGCUCCGGGUGAACUACUACUUCCAGACUAUCUACGAGCAGCUGCUCUGGACCGCGCAGCAACAGUACCCGGGGGAUGUGCUGCAGGCCAGGAACGUCGCCCGGUACUACACCAACUUCUUCAACUACUUUCUCCCGGUCGGCGCCCUUCUGAUGAUCCCCGUCGUGGGCUUCUGCCUGUCGGAGCUGGGCUUCGUGGCGAGCUACUUCAUCCUCGCGGUGCUGCACCUGCUCUUCUGCAUCGUCAAUGCGUACGACCAGCCGCCAAUCCAGCUACAAGUCGCCUCCUUCGUCCUGUUCGCUGCGCUCCGACCUUUCCUCUUCGGCAGCAUCACGGCUUUCCUUGGCCGCGUCUUCGGCUUCAAGAACUUCGGCCAGCUGUACGGGCUCAAGCGAAUCAUGGGCGCGCUCGGCACCUUUUUGGGUUAUCCACUGCAAGUGCUAACCAUCCAUAGUCUGCAUAACCGUUAUGUUUACGUCAACAGCUGCUUCAUUGCGAUUGGCGUGCUGUUUUUCACGUUCCCGCUGUAUCUCUGGAAGAGGGUGUUCUAUAACGUGUUUCUGCGUCCCCCGAGUGUACACUAGACGGCCGCAACACAGUUAUGCCUUUGAAGGCUCGGCGUUGUAAGAGCUAGGUAAAGCAGAGAAAUGAAAACAGCUUUGAGGUGCCUUGAUUUCAUCAGCAGAUGAUCAAGGUCCUAGAAUAGUCAAUGUUAGAGUCUCUGAGAUUCGUAAAGCAAGUUCGAACUGAAUAAGGCAUGUCCUUAGAGUUAAUUUGCGCGGCUGCGAAGAACUGAAACUUGAGAAACCAUCCACCAUUCCUCGAGCAAAGACCUUGAGUAACAUCUGAGCAAAUGCUGACCGUGAACAAUGAGUAUUUGGCACAUUAGGCAGACAAAGUUGCCCCAGAAGCUUCCAGAGAUUGAGCCGGCAAACACAAAACGCAGCUUUGCUGCAUGAUUCUGGAACGCAACAUGAUUGUCCAAGGUCCACACGAAGACGUCACUGUCGGAUUUUGCCAGAAUCGAUUCGGA